AUGCCAUCACACAGAGCCCCCCAACCUGUUUUGGAGGCAUCUAUCGGGAAAUGCCCAGGGGCACCCCAUGCUCAAGCCACAGCGGUUUCCUCCAAGGAGCUGGGGCAGAGAGACAGACUCAAUCCACUUGGAUGUUGGAAGAAGACUACCCUCUGUCGUCCAAACCAGUUCAAAACAAUUUUUUUACUGGGACAUACACCAACUUUUAUAAAAGCAAUAACGAAAUCGGACGGCGUCAUACACGAUUUAUUUUUGGAAUGGGCAGUAAAAUAUGGUCCUGUCUACAGAAUUAACAGCUUGCAUUUUGUUGUUGUCAUGAUUUAUUGCCCUGAGACAACUAAGACAGUAUUGAUGUCACCUAAGUAUCCCAAAGAUCCUUUCGUCUACAAACGCCUCUUUAACUUGUUUGGAAAAAGGUUCCUGGGAAAUGGACUUGUGACGGCUAUAGAUCAUGAUGUCUGGUACAGGCAACGGCGCAUUAUGGAUCCAGCCUUUAGCAGCUCAUACCUGCGAGGCCUUAUGGGCACGUUUAAUGAGAUGUCAGAACGCCUCAUGGACAAACUGGAGGAAACGGCAGACACGAAAACACCUGUCGUCAUGCACAAUUUGGUCAACUGUGUCACACUCGACGUCAUUGCCAAGGUGGCUUUUGGAGUUGAUUUAAAUUUGACAAAGGAUAAUGGCUCCCCCCUGCAAUAUGCCAUAGAGAUGUGUUUACAGGGCAUGGUGUAUUAUCUCAGAGACCCUUUUUUCAAGAUUAACCCCAAGAACUGGAAGACGGUACAACAAAUAAGAGAUGCAGCUGAACUCUUGCGUGCAACAGGAGAGAAAUGGAUACAAAACAGGAAGACAGCAGUGGAAAAUGGUGAAGACGUCCCCAAAGACAUCCUCACUCAAAUUCUCAAGACAGCAGAGGAGGAAAAAGCAAACAACUCGGAAGAUCAUGAGCUGAUGCUGGACAAUUUUGUCACUUUCUUUAUAGCGGGGCAAGAGACAACAGCCAAUCAGCUCUCGUUUGCAAUUAUGGAAUUAGGACGACACCCUGAGAUAUAUAAACGAGCUAAAGCAGAAGUGGAUGAAGUGCUCGGAACGAAACGUGAAAUUGUAUAUGAAGACCUGGGAAAAUUCAGUUACCUGUCUCAGGUGUUGAAGGAAACACUGCGUUUGUACCCCACUGCUCCUGGAACAUCUCGCUGGCUGCCUGAUGACAUCAUUAUAAAUGGACUGAAAGUGCCAGGAGGAUGUGCUGCUCUUUUCAGUUCAUAUGUCUCCGGAAGAUUGGAAAUGUUUUUCAAAGAUCCGCUGAAGUUUGAUCCAGAGAGAUUUGAUGUGAAUGCCCCAAAGCCUUAUUACUGCUACUACCCAUUUGCUUGUCGUGGGCAGGGCCUCGCACAGAUGGAGGCGAAAGUUGUGCUCCCCAAACUGCUUCAGAGGUUUGAGUUCAGCCUGGUUCCUGGACAGUCUUUUGACAUUAAAGACACAGGAACUCUGCGGCCGCAAAGUGUAGUAAUCUGUACUAUUAAACACUGCAGACAGGACGUGUUCUAGACUCUUGAUUUCUAGACUUUUUUGUAUUUUGUACUGAUCAGUCUGUUGUUGUGUACUACAUGUUUAAUAUUCCAAAUGCACUUUCCUAUUGAUUGAAUAAUGUUUGCCACAUAAUUAAAUUGUUUUUGUGCAGAUAUUGUGACCUUUCCUAUGUCCUUUGUCCAUGUGUGUCAAGUCCAUCAAUGCAUAAAGAUGGUCCAGAUAUACUUACGCAGGUGUCCAAUGCAAUGGAAGUUAUGAUACUAGUGUGA